AGCAGAGAGGUUUCACGAAUGAGUAAUCCAGCAAAAUGCACUCGAUUUAAAUUCAAAUAUACGACGUGACUGUUGUAUCUUUGACUCUUUCAAUGUUUAUAUUGUUGGAUUAAAUUUAUACCUGUGUUCUGAUUUUGUAAAACGUGUUUGAUGAGGAUGUUAUUUUGAAGCGAUCUGUUCAUGGUAUAAAUUAGAUAAUUGAUGCAGUAGCAAUUAAGAGCAGUGACAGAAAACUGUCAGUGAUGACCUAACGGUAGAAGAUAUCCCGUACAUAAAACCCAGCUAUCAUCCAUCACAAUGUUGCGGACGCUGAAUGAAGAUCAAGCGUCUAGCGACGGCGAUUCGGACGCCUGCGAUGACCUUGACCGUCGGCCGCCGCCGCAGGACCCCUGCUACCGGUGCAAGAAGCGGGUUUAUCCGGUAGAGAGAAUUGACGUCGGUGUCCAGUUUCACAGGCGCUGCUUCCGAUGUCGCGUCUGUGGCCUCCAGCUGACGCUGCGCACGUUCCACUUCGACCAGGAAAACGACCCAGAUGUGUACUGCAAGAACCACGUGCCGAAGUUCGUAGGGACCAUCGACGACCAGGCGCUCGGGGUGCGGAUGGCGCUGAACGCCCCAAAGGCCAACCAUCUUGAGAAGUAUCGAGGUAGCGUCUUCAACCCCGGCUGGCAGUAUGAAGGGGGCGUGCUAGACUCGCCAAACCCACGGGUCAAGAAGUCUCGCACCUCGCUUGGGACUUACCAGGAUUACGAAAAGUCGGGCGUGUUUGCGGCUCAGUCGGCCCUAGAAACGGAACAGAAGCGCGAGGAGGACGAGUUAUACGCCACCUUGAAGCGCGACAAAGAGAAGAAACUGUCCCACAUCGAGCGCGAGUUGGAAAUGGAGAAGGAGCAGUCCGUUCAGGAGAUGGUAGACGGGUACGAGCACCUCAAGCGUCACAAGGACCCGGCCACACUUGAGGCAGAGACCCGCAAGCUCGAGGACCAUGUACAGGUAGGGGCAUGUUUAUUACGAAAGAAAGAGGAGCGUAUCCGGCAGAUGAUGGAUCGGCUGAACGCGGACGCCAAAGAAAGCGUCUCGCGCCUCAUAGAGAAGCACAGUCAGGAGAUGCUUGGAAUGAUCGCAAAGCGCCUCUCGCUAGGCGAGAACCUCGACGAGAGCAUCGAGAUGGAUGAUGACAUUGACGCCAGGGAACUGGAGCGAAAGGUCACGGACAGGUCACAGCCGCCAGACGUGUGCCCACCGGAGUUGAAGCGCAACCAGAUGUUCAAGAGUCCGAAGGAGUUCGAGCGAGUAGACGGACACGUGUUUAAUGUGGUCAAGUCUGACUACUUGUCCUUCACGGACCUUGUACGAAACCUAAUUGUGAACUGCGAGACCGACCUCGAGAAGGCCAGGGCGAUAUUUCGUUGGAUCACGGUGAAGGAUCUGAACAAGUUGGUGAUCGAGGAAGGCGUGAACCCGGAGUCGCCCAUGGGUCUGCUCAGGGGGAUACAGAUGGGCACCGAGAGUUACCACGACCUCUUUAAGCGGCUAUGCAGCUAUGCUGGCUUACAUUGCGAGGUGAUCCAAGGCUACUCCAAGGGAGCAGGGUAUCGACCGGGCAUGCGCAUCGAGGGGAACAAGUUCCGGAACUCCUGGACGGCCGUCAACAUAGCCGGCUCCUGGUGCUUCAUCAACUGCAACUGGGGCGCUCGCCACGUGAAGGGUCCUCAGUACACUGACGACGACGCGGACGGCGUCAGCACCGACGGAAAAAUGCAAUUCUACUAUAAAUGCGACGAGUUUUACUUCGUUACAGAUCCUGAGGAUCACAUUUAUCAGCAUUACCCGGACGAUCCUAAAUGGCAGCUUCUGGAAUGUCCAAUAACUCUGACAGAGUUUAUUACCCUGCCGAUUGUGAAGUCACCGUUUUUCACGUACGGUCUACGUUUUACGGUACACUACGACUGUAUUCAGUACACGCAGGACGGGAUUGUCGUGCUGCAGUUAAAGAUACCUAGUCUUCUUGGAUUCGGGUACACAUUUGAGGCAAAGGACAAGACGCUCAACCCCUCUCGACUUGAGGGGAGGGUUAUGUUGAGAAUUGUCGGUCAUAAUGCCAUUUUCACUAUCGCGCCCCCAAAAGCGGGUCGUUACUUCUUCACGAUUUACGCCAAGGACGAUUGGAAUUCGGAAUCUCUUCAGAGCGCGUGUGCCUUCAGAAUAAAAUGCGUCGAAAACCGGGACGUUAUCAAAAGCCCAUUUCCCAAAGUGCCUUUCUUCGGCCCUACCCCAUUAAUGCAGCGCUGUGGGGUGGUACCAGAAACACAUCUCGAUCCGCUGAUAAACUGCAGUCACGAAGACGUCAUGUGUACUUUUAAGCUUGAGGACCGGGAUGUUAAACUAAGUUAUACCUACAAGUAUUACGGUCCAUGGGAGCAUGACAAUGAGGACUUUCAGCGUUUCGUGUUCGUGAAACAUCGCGAUACAAGGUCUUUGACUUAUCAAAUAAGAUGCCCUCUUCAGGGCAAGUAUGUGUUCACCAUUUUAGGCGAGAGUGAAGAAAUCACCGCGGAAGGCACAGCGUCUUACGACUGCUUGUUCCGGUACUUGGUGGAGUGUCGUCAGCCGGGGAAAGACAAGCGCCCACUGCCGAGGGCCUGUCACCGCUGGCUCCAAGGUACGCUACUCGAGCCACUGACGGGAGACAUUCCGAUGGAUCGUCACGUGACUUUCAGGGUGCGCGCGCCACUCGCGAAUGAUGUAGCACUUUUAAUCGGUGAUGUUUGGUUUCAUUUCAAAGAACUCCACGACAGCAUUUGGGAAGGCUCCGUCACGACCGGUAACUCUGCCGGCAAAGCAAAACUUUACGCAAAACUUGACAAGGAUCGUUCGCGGUUCUCACCCUUGAUAGAGUUUCAAGUAAAGUGAUUCGAUGCUCCUAUUGUAUUUAAAGCCAGUCAUGCAUUUUUGCUGAAAUGUAUAUACUUACAGUGGUGAUAUUUGGACAAGCCAUCUGGUCGGUUGUAACCGUCUAUGAUGUUACAUGUGCAUUUCAUAUUAUAUAAUAAAGUAAUGUUAUGAAUAAGAACAAUAAACAUUUUCGAACCCAGUCA